UUUCCUACACGUUAGGUGCCACCAUUACCAAUAGCAGGCAAGGGGGCGGCGGUCGGUGUUUUUUCCCGUUAUGCCUUGCUAGUAGCCGGGGAAAGGUGCGCCACAGGGAACACACACAGCAGCCCGCCACCGCCUGCACUCCCACCCUGUUGUUUGUCGCGGCGUUGUGCAGCAAGGACCAUCAAGAUUCCGGUCCCCAGCGAAUUUCGGCAAGCCCGUACGGGGAGAGCCGAGGACACCAUGAACACUAGGAGGAAAGCACGAUCAUCCUCCGCCAGAGGAGGUCGCGGGGGGAAAGGUGCGGAGAGGCAGGUAUCUGCUGAUGGGGUGUACACCAAUCAUCGCUUCAUGCAAGCUGUGGGGGCUCUGGUCGGCCUUCCUGUUAGGAUACAAACUAAGACUAAUGAAAUCAUCGAGGGUGUCUUCACCACCUUCAGCCCAAACUUUGACCUGGUGCUGGAUUUAGCCCACCAAGUGUCUCGGACUGACCCAAGUACCAUUAACCCUGAGACCAUCAAGCCCAAGAUGAUCUUCACUGCAGCUGAUAUUGUGACCAUCAAGGUGGUCAAUGUGGACUUGGAAUAUGCCACUAGAGAUGGAUUUGCUGUGGACCAGGUGAUCAGCCGUUACAAUGGCCAGGGUGGAGAGAAGGCCCUGGAGCCCUGGCAAGGGGAGCCUACUGCAGAUGACUGCCUUGGCCUUGGGGAUGAAAAUUCAAAUGGCUGGGAUGUGGAUGACAUGUUCCGCAAGAAUGAGGAGAAGUACGGAGUGACCACCUCCUACACCCCAGAGAUGGAAGGCUACACCACCCCACUCUUCAAACUCAACACUCCAGAGUACAGAGAGCGUGAAGCCAAGGCUUCCAGAAUUGCUGCAGAAAUUGAGAAAUCCCCUACCACUCAAGUCCGUUUAGAUGCAGAGAAUGGUGAUGAGGAGGACAAGUUCUCAGCAGUGAUAAGGCCCGGGGAACAGGGCGGCAAGUAUAUUCCUCCCAUGAUGAGGAAAAAGAACCAGAAUGGGGGCAAGGCACAGCGAGCCACCCCACCCCCGACUGGUGCCAGAUACAACAGCCAUGGCAGCUCCAAUCCUCCCACCCCCACAUCUCCCUACCCAGGACCUCCUCCAUCAGGGUCAGCUGGUCACAGUCCUGUUGGUGUAGGUGGAACCCCUCCCACAUACCAGACCCAACAGCCACCCCAGCCACUCCCCAACCAUGCUCCAGCCCCUGCCCAGCACCCGCCCAUCCACCGCAACAACUCCCAUGGCCCUCACCACAGCCAUGGCCCAGACACCAAAGUGAAUGGGGAUGCCAAGACAGGCUAUGACCGGAAGAGUCACGACGGGCUGCCAGUGGACGGUGGCCGGGAGGCGAGGCACAACAAUGCCCAUGGUGGCAAGCAGGAUCUGCACCCUCGCCACCAUGGCCCCCCACACCCAGAGGCUGCACACCUAGCACAGCAGCAACAGCAACUCCAGCAGCAGCAGCAGCAGCAUCAAAAGCCCAUCCCACAGAAGCCUCCACCACAGCAGCACCACCAGCACAGCAGCCACAUGCCACCGGUGGGCCAGGGCGAUCACCGCAAGGCUGAGCCACGAGAACAGCGCGAGCCUCGCAAGAUGCGCAACAAAGAGGAGCAGAUUGCUGACCUGAAGAAAUUCAGUGAGGACUUUAAGCUGUCAGACCAGGCGGACAAGAAGCCACAGCAACAGCAGCCUCCGCAGCAGCAGCAGCCACAGCAGCUACAGCAGCAGCAGCAGCAGCAGCAACAACCACCUCAACAACAACAGCAACAACAGCAACACCAGCACCAGCAGCACCAGCACCAGCACCACCAGCAUCAACAGCCACCACCACCAACACCACAACAGCAGCAACAGCCACCACCUACUUCCCAGCAGCCACCACAGUCUCAACCACAGCCACACACACAGCCACAGUCACAACCACCCCCACCACAGCAGCAGCAGCAACCUCCCCCACCACAGCAGCAGCCACAGCCACCACAGCUGCAGCAGCCACCACCUCCAACCCCACAGCAACACCACCAGCAUCACCAGCAACAACCACCACCACCACAGCAACAGCCACCACCACCACAGCAGCAGCCACCCCCACCAAUACCACAGCCCCAUCUGCCGCCACAGCAUCUGCCACCACAGCAGCAACCACAGCGGCAAACUCCCCCUGUGACUGCCGUGACUAUGGGGCCGCCACAGGGAGCUCAGCAACCCCCACCACACCACCCACAAAACCCCCCCACCAUGACCAUGAGUCCUGCCACAGAGAUGAACAAGCCCCAUGAGGAGAUGGAGAAGAUGGCCUCCACUGUCACACACUCCAAACUCAACCCCAAUGCCAAGGAGUUUGUGUUCAACCCCCACGCCAAACCCUUCAGUCCACGUUCCCCCAGCACCACCACUCCUCCACGGCCCCACACACCCACCCAGAUUCCUCCCAACCAGCCACCUCAGAUACCUGCAGGCCCGCCAGUGGGCAUCCCUCACAUGGUGCUCACCUCACAGCCCUUUGCCAUACCAUCACAGCCUCCACGUUUCCCCAAGAGAGUGCCUGUGGGUAACAAUCAGCGGCAGGAGUAUACCUCACAGCUUCAAGUGGCAGCUGCUACUGGCCAGCCCAUCCUGGCCCCAGGCCACAUGGGUACCCAGACCCAGCCCAUCACUGCUGUACAGAUUUCUCCAAAUAUGAUGUCUCAGAAUCCACAGCCCUAUCAGGUAACAACAUCAAAGUACCCUCCUUUACCCAUCAUGAUGCGGUUCCCCCACGCUGGAAUGCCCAUGGUGACUGCAAUGGUGCCCACUUCCGUGGGUUUGUGUCACCCAAACCCUGACUCACAGCAGCCAUCACAGCAACACGGCCACCAACCAAUGUACAUGGCUCAGCCCAGCCUACCACCUCACCAGCCCCACCCAACGCACACCCCAGGCCCUCUUCCCCAGCCCACACAGCCACCCACCCCUCAGAACCCAGGCAGCGGCAGUGGACCCCCAAACAUGCCCAACCCACCGUCAACCCCAGGACCCAGUCAGCCCCAACAAAUCCUUUAUCCGAUGGGAGGACAGCCAUCUCUGCCUCAACACCUGUCACAACACUCCCCUCACACUGCCCAGAGUCCCCAUACCCAGCAGUACCCUGGUCCUGGUCAGGCGACGGGUGCCGGGGGCCACCACGGAGGGCCUGGCCAGCAGAUGACCCAGUACGUGGUGCUGCCCUCCCACAUGAUGCACCCUUCGGGGCCUCCCCCACACUCUGCAGCACACAUUCCCUCCUCCAUGCCGGGUUUUACUCCCACGUCGACAGCCACUGUACAGCAACUACCCUCGGCUCCCCAUAUUCAAUAUUUCCCAAGUACACCUGGCAGCCAUGGUCACCCAAUGUCCCUCGUCCAUCACAGCCAAUGAAGUCUGGGCUCAGUAGGAUCAAAGCCACACUUGUCCCCAGCUUUCAGCCGUGCCCGCCUGAGUGUCUGGUCUCCGUAUGUGGAGCACCCUGGCCUGCGUAGGGGAGGGGGGAGGGUGGUGUUGUUGCCGCGAUGACAGGUGUACAUAGGUGGCUUGAGUGGAGUUUGUAGGGUGUGUGUGAUGCUGAUGUGUCAGUGGUGUGUGGAGUUACUGAAACUGGAGCAAAUUGCAAAAUUUUUUAUAUUGUUAAUGGCAAUGAAUGAGAUGUUCGUGUAGGGGUCAUAAUACGGGUAUGCUCUCUUUGGUUUCUUUCUAUAACAAAUGCAUUUUAGCAUAGAAGUGUGUGACUCUUGGCACAGUGAUGUCUGCUCCAGGUGAAAGCUCCUCCAACAAACACACGACUGACCUAUUGUUUACCACACAAGUGGUUAUUUAUUGUUGAAGUGGAGAGAGAGAGAGAGCGAGAGCGAGAGCUUUAUUAUGAGGCCUUGUCUUCACGGGAAGGAGGCCGUAAAGUCUUGGGUGUAGUAUCCAGUUUUUAUGGAGAGGAUUGUGCCGAGGGAACCGCAACACACGGGCGAGCCGGCUGCGACUGGGACAGAAGGGAAGUGAACCCUGGCGGUUACUUCGUUGGGCAGUUUAGGCAAUUCUGUAUGCAUGUGACGGUCAAGAGCAAAGUGGCAAUAUUCUAUGAGAGGAGUCAGUGGGGAGCCUGUCAGACAGCUAGCUUAACAAAAAUUAUUGUGGAAAUACAAUUUGCCUUAUCAUGUUUUAUAAAUAAGUUUGCCUCAUUCAGACUGAAUCAGUGUUGUGAGUGUGGCAAGGUGAGUUGAGCUUCAUUUGUCUCAGAGCUCUCGUCACAUGGAUUUUGUAUAAACUUACUCAUUACAGCUGGGCAUCAGUAAUUCCUCUCAAUCAUCUUUAUUGAAAUGUGUAGGCAGAUAUUUGCCCAAAACUAUAUGCAGACAAAUUUGAGACACUCACACUUGUAAAGCAGUGUGUAUAUCAGAACAUGUAUACAGCCAUAUUCUUCAGACACACUAAGCAGUCUCACAAAUCCACGGCUGUAGUGUGACUGACGCCAUCUUCAUCCCCACUUUCAUACAAGUGUCUGUGUCGCCUCAACAUGAACACUGAUCGGAGGACAGAGAUGCAGUGCGACAGCUUUCAUGUUGGCUGCACUCUUCAUACUUGAUGGUAGCCUAAAUUUUUAUUUGUGGCUGCUGAUGCUGUGGCAUGCAGUUCUCUGCAAUAAUCAGGAACUUUGUUUACACUCAAGGAUGUGCUGAGCUGUCGGCAUUGCUCACGUGCAUUGUGUGUGUGUGUGUAUGAAUACCAACCAUGGAUUGAAAAAAUGUGGACAAGCCUUGUGGGUCAGAAAAAUCCACAAAAAGUUUGCUAUCAGCUCAGAAAAAAAUGGAUAAAGAGGUGGUGUUCUGUGCUUUGAAAAGGUAAUGAGACCUUACUAGUCGCUCAAUUACAAGCUGUGUGUAUAUUUCUUUUGUAUUGAGUGCAGAAAUUGUUACAAUUUGUUGAUGCAUCACCAGUAACUUUUUUGUAUGAAGUUUAUUCGAAUCAUGAGCCUGUCCAUUGUUGGGGCUGGUGUUUCUGGCCACCAGCUGAACAGGUCCACAGAAAAAAAGGUGCUGUUCACUGUGUCUUGAAAAUGCAUCUCUUGUGCAACAGAACUGGAAACUCCAUAUGAAUACAGUGGCACGAUCCAACGCUUUUUUGUAAAGACUCGAAAUAGCAUGGAGAAGAAAAAAAGAGCCUCUUAUCAUAACUAGGAUAGCAAGUCAAGGUUUUUGCCUGUUGGUAUGUCAAACCCUUCCUUACUUUUAACUUGUGAGAGAACCUUUGCCACAUUGGUUGCCCAGUGUUGAUUUCCUCUUUUGUUACCUUUGCCCAGUAAGUGCACAGCUGGUAGAUCAGAGUAGGAACGUUUGGUUAAGAGACGUAAGGUGUGAAAGGUCGUUUGAGGAAGCGAGCGAGCCUGUUGUUAUUUAUUACUCCCUUACUGAGCCUUUUGUGGCAGGUAGAGAGUGGAGAGCCUCAGGGUGACUGGAGUGUGGGUGUGUGUGCCUGGGAGUCUUGGGGACAUACUCACCUCCCAGUGUGAAUGCAUGUAUUCUUCCAAUCUUCUCUCUUCUUCAGUGUCAUCCUAGCUGGCUAUGCUGCUUAUUUUGUACCUACCACCAUGUCUUUGUUAUUUUUAUAUUGUUAAUCAUUGCAGGGAGUCAGAAUUGUCAUGUGUGUAUGGCUUGUGUUAUCCAUUGCCAUGUUUUGUGUAGUGGCCUGUGUAUGGUCACCUCUUGGGGUUCAGUUGGACGGGCCAUGUGUUCAGUAUUGGCAACACUGACACACACAUUGCUGAAGGAGUCCACUGUUUUGGCUCAGCAGCUAGCCUUCAGGUACCUAACAUUGCUGACCUUAUUGUGGAGAUUUUUCAUUAUUAUUAUUAUUAUUAUUAUUAUUAUUAUUGCUAUUAUCAUCAUCAAUUUAUUACUUAUUUCUAUUUUUCUAUCACAAAUUGUAAGUCAAAGUUUAUUGUCGUUGUAACACUUGACCUAACAUUCCUGGGGAGGGAGAAGUAAUUGUUUUUUGCCAAUGCAACUCGGCAAUUGGUCGCAAAAGUCAAGCACAUUAAGAGCAUAUUACCCAGAUAGUAAAAGGUAGAAAAUGAUGGAUUAAAUUUCUCAUCCUGCCGCUCACUAGAACCUCCUGUUGUGAAUCUGACGUACGUGAUGUCUCGCCCAAGUGUCUGAUUUUGUUUCGUGAAUCAAGUUUCGAUUGAAUUUUGUUCGUUUACGGAUCAAAGGUGUGAAUAGACAAAUCGCCUCGUCUUGUUUCACAAUUUUUUCUAUACCAGUGCCGUAAGGUUUCUGUAUUUGUUUGGUGGUGCUCUGAGUGUCUCCUUCCUCCUUGUCAUUCUCAGUGCCUCGUCCUUACAGUGCUGCAUAAAUCCUCUACUUUUUUUUGGUAAAAGUCUCGCAUUGUCUUACUUAAAUUUGGAUGUGAGUGAAUGGCGUGUUUGUGUGAGGGAACUAGCGAGUCGUUUUCACAAGUAUGUUUUUCGUACGUAUGUUUAUAGUACAUAAGUGUUGCCGUGAAUAUUUGUGUUGUAGUCAUUAUACAGAUACAUAUGAUUUAUUUAUGUGAGCUGUACAUUCUGUAGUGUAUGUGUGCAUGCAAGUGUGUAGAGAGAGCAAGCGAGCACAAACUUCUUUCUGUCUGUGAAUGCAUGUGUGUGUGUGUGUGUGUGUGUGUGUGUGUGUGUGUGUGUGUGUGUGUGUGUGUGUGUGUGUGUGUGUGUGUGUGUGCGCGCGUGCGUGUAUGUGCGUGUGUGUUAAAAUUUGCAUUUCAUUCUUUUCAUUCUUGAUUCCUUCAUGUUUCCUGCGCUCUCUGCCUUCACCUUGCAUUUCUUGGGGGCGUCUUGCUUUUACUUCACUGUCAUGUCUUCUCACUCAUUAGAUAUUUUUAUUUAUUUAUUAUUUAUGUGAUUAUUCUUUGAUAGUUUCUCAAGAUCACAUUAUUAUUUAUACACAAAAUUAUCAAUUCUACUAUUUUUGUGCAUUGCUAAGAUUUUUUUGUUUUAAUGUAGCCAUUUCUCUCUCUCUCUCUCUCUCUCUCUCUCUCUCUCUCUCUCUCUCUCUCUCUCUCUCUCUCUCUCUCUCUCUCUCUCUCUCUCUCUCUCUCUCUCUCUCUCUCUCUCUGUGUACCAGUUGUGUUUACUGAAGAGCUGCCGUCACCACCACGUCUGUGUCCUACCAUUGUUUCCUUUACCACCAUGUUCCCUCUCCCUCUUCUUAUCCAUCUCUUCCUCCCUCGUUUAUGCAAUCACUCACAAGUUUAGUUUCCAUUUUAUUAUUAUUAUUAUUAUUAUUUAUAUUGUUUUAUUAUUAUUAUUUUUUUUAUUCCCCAAACCACAACCGCUACCGUUCCUCAUUCCCUCUCGUUCGUCGUCGCCUCAAUCCCUCUCCUCUUUCUCCUCCCCACGCCCAGCAUCCCCACCCAUCCACCCACCCAUACCACCCAUUCCCUCAUCCCCCCAACCCCUUCUGUAAAGAGUCAGGAGGCCAAGAGAAUGGAGCUGCAAAAAAAAUAAAUACAUAUAAUAUAAAGUAAAACAAAUUGUGACUUGUUGAAAUGGGCUGUGUGCAUGCCUGUGUGCUGAGAUAGAACCAUAACUUGGCAGCCAUCAAACUUCCCAAGGCCAACCCAUGUAAUCGGAACCCGUAGAGUGUAGGGGUAGCUAAGCAUAUCGUGACGAAAUUGAAAACUCGAUAAAAGGUGUAAAGCCAGCGGUUAUAAAGCACCAGCCCAUCAUCCAAGGGGUUAGUUUGUUUCAGUCACGACAGCAGGAGUUCCCAAAGUUGGCAUGGCACGUUGUUGUUGAGGUUAUCGUGGAGUAAAUAACAAAAUGGGAAGAAGUAAUAUAAUACAACAAAAAGUAAAAACAAGUGAUGAUGAAAGAUAUCCAAAUGUAGCAGCUGGAAUUCAAAGCUAAAUGCUAUAAAUGAUAUGAAGUA